AUGCACAAGUACUGUAAGGGACCUGUUGCAGACAACAACGCCAACGCUAACGGCGACACGGUGUCAACUUCGAGAGCCAUGAAGAAGAAGGAAGUUUUUGUUGCACUAAAAACAGACCCAGACAUAUUUUUUUACCCUAAUUCUGAAUCUGGAUUUUAUGAAUGCACGGGCCCUACCAGUAAGCGGAAUGUACGCUAA